UUCCAUUCCGUGUCGGCAUUUAUACCAGCAGGGUGUAUAGAGGGGCCAUGCGAGCCAGCCCUACAACAUUCAGCGCAACCCGCUCGAACUCCAAGCUCUGCAGAUGGCAGCUUCGUUCGCUUUAGCAGUUGCGCUCUUGGUCGGUGCUGUCGUGGAUGCUGCCCCCAAUCUACAGAAGCGUCAGUCUAUAACGACGUUGUCUUCCUCGCAAGUCUCAGCUUUCACGCCUUACACAUGGUAUGCGAGCGCCGGGUAUUGCUCACCUUCCACAACCUUGACAUGGACCUGCGGAACCAAUUGCCAAGCUAACAGUGGGUUCGAACCCGUGGCUUCUGGAGGCGAUGGUGAUUCCACUCAGUACUGGUUUGUUGGGUAUGACCCGUCUCUGGACACCGUGAUCGUCUCGCAUCAAGGCACGGACACUUCGGAGAUCCUCCCUCUGCUGACAGACGCCGAUAUCGAGAAGACGACUCUUGAUUCGUCACUAUUCCCGGGUAUAAGCUCCUCUAUUGAGGUGCACGCUGGGUUCGCAGAUGCGCAAGCCAACGCCGCCACGGACGUCUUAGCGGCUGUCCAGACAGCACUGUCGAAGUAUAGCACGAACACCGUUACUAUGGUCGGACACUCCCUUGGUGCCGCAAUUUCUCUGUUGGAUCUGGUUUACCUUCCUUUGCACUUGCCCUCCGGGCUCACCUACAAAAUGUACGGUUACGGAAUGCCCAGGGUUGGCAACCAGGCCUUCGCUGACUACAUCGACGCGAACCAUCCCAUGACUCACGUGAACAACAAGGAAGACUACAUCCCCAUCCUACCCGGGAUGUUCUUAGGCUUCGUUCAUCCCUCUGGCGAGGUCCACAUUGAAGACUCGGGAUCAUGGGAUGCCUGCCCAGGUCAAGACAACCCCAGCACUCUAUGCAUCGUCGGCGAUGUCCCGGAGAUUUGGGAUGGUGAUGAAUCUGAUCAUGACGGACCCUACGGGCCAGUCACUAUGGGUUGCUGAAAUAACCUGUACUUUCUUUUGCGGUCGGACUGGUGCCAAAUCAAAACUGUACUAUGUCUUCACUGUU